AUAAUUGUUCGCUUAUUUUAAAGCCGAGAGAGAUAGUUUUAAAACGAACGCAUUAUUAUCAUGGUUGAGUAUUGAUUUUUAUUUGACAUUUCGAGUGUAGAGGUGUAGACUAGAACAUAUAAAUAUACUAGUAAAUACAUAUACAAUACAGCCACAAAGUACAUUAAAUCGGAGUAAAUUCCCAGUACUGUAUUCAAGUUGAAAUACAUUAUAGUAUAGUAGGCCGGACCGUGACUGACCACAGUAUUAUUAUAGAAUAUUAGAACUAUAUACACUAAGUCGCCGCCUUGUACUGUGCAAUACUCAUAUUCGGUUACUUGACUUGAUUUGUCCGUUACGCGCUGUUCUGUUCAUCUAACAACAUAUUUCUUUUAAGAUACACCAAUUUUAUAAAAGCAGUAUUUGGUUAAAAUCUUGUUUAAACCGUAAAGCAUUGCAAGAAUGUAAGAAGUAAUAGUUACACGAACAAGAACUAAAGAAGUAUACAGAUUACAGCUGGUCAGCAAUACGGAAGCAAUACUCAUCAUAUUAAAUUCUGUUCAUUGUUUAAUUAAGUCCAAAUUACUCGUAAUCGGACAGCUAGGGCGCGGCUAUAAUUUGUUAUCCUCGAAUUGCAUCUGUAACUGUCUGUGGCACUAAAAAGAAACACAUAGCUGAAUGUCUUUUUAUUCGGAAGACUACAAUUUUUUUGCACCUGUUUGUAAAUAUGGACCCCUCAAGUGAGCUGUGGGACCCAGCACUCACGCGACUGUUAACUUCCCUAAAAGAAGUCCAGUCAGGCGGAGAAGACGUCGCGUUUUUGAGUGAACUGCUUCAAUCCAAGCAACUCCACGCUUUAGUACAAGUACACAAUAAAAUCGUAGCCAAAGGCAAAGAUGACAAGUUUUAUCCUCUCCUGUCAAAUGCUAUGCAAGUAACUCUCGAGGUGUUUGAGUUACUUCACGAUGUUGUCGCAGUCUCUAAGGAAUAUGGGGAGCUACUCAGCUUGUUGCAGAAACCACAUUUUCAAGCCAUACUAUGCACUCACGAUGCUGUCGCCCAAAAAGACUAUUACCCACACCUACCUGAUGUUCCACCGGAACUUGACGAUGAAGAAGAGACUGUCAAAAUUGUCCAAUUAGUAAAAAGUGACGAACCUUUGGGUGGAGCACAGAGUGCAGAGCCAAUAGUGGGCGCAACAAUAAAAACAGAUGAAGAGACCGGGAAAAUAGUAAUAGCUCGAGUUAUGCACGGCGGGGCGGCCGACAGAUCUGGGCUGAUACACGCCGGAGACGAAGUUAUCGAGGUCAACGGUAUUAGCGUGGAGAACAAGACGCCGGCCGACGUGCUGUCGAUACUGCAAAGUUCCGAGGGCACUAUUACAUUUAAGUUGGUACCAUCUUUCGGAAAAGGAGGCUCACGAGAAAGUAAAGUGAGAGUUCGCGCUCUGUUCAACUAUAAUUCCUCGGAGGACCCAUACAUACCGUGCAAGGAGGCCGGACUCGAUUUUAAGAAAGGCGAUGUUUUACACAUAGUUUCCCAGGAUGAUGCAUAUUGGUGGCAAGCCCGAAGAGAAGGUGACAGAGUGAUGAGAGCAGGGCUAAUACCGUCGAGAGCGCUACAAGAAGGUCGCAUUAUCCAUGAAAGACAAACAGACCCACAAACAAUGGAUGGCAAGCCGGCCCUUUGCAGUCCGUCCGCUGCAAACUCUGACUGUGCUCCGAAAACACCAUGCUCACCGACACCGACGGCCACCGCACUCCUACCUUGCAAGUCCACACCCAAAGUGAAAAAAGUUAUAUAUGAUAUUACAGAAAAUGAUGAUUUUGAUCGGGAAAUGAUUCCGACGUAUGAAGAGGUAGCGCGGCUUUACCCGCGGCCGGGGCUAGUGAGGCCCCUGGUGUUGGUGGGCGCGCCCGGGGUCGGCCGCAACGAGUUGCGCCGCCGGCUCAUCGCCACCGACCCCGACAAGUACGUCACGCCGGUGCCAUUUACAUCUCGAACACAAAAGUCGAGUGAGCAAAACGGUAGAGACUAUGUGUUUGUGAGUCGUGAGAAAAUGGAGCAAGAUAUAGCGGAAGGGAAGUUCAUUGAACACGGCGAAUACAAAGGGAACUUGUACGGAACGACCGCUGAAAGUGUGGAAACCAUCAUCAAUUCUGGUCGCGUCUGCGUGCUGUCCCCGCACUGGCAGGCGCUGAAGAUGUUGCGCACGGCCCGUCUGCGCCCUUACAUCGUGUUCGUGCGGCCUCCCUCGCAGGAGCGCCUCGCCGUCACGCGCUGCGCCGCCAACGCCCGCUCCACCUUCGACAAGGACUGCUCGCGACCCUUUACAGAUGAAGAGUUCUCCGAAAUCUUGAGAUCUUCGAAUCGCAUAAACUUCCUGUAUGGGUACAUGUUCGAUGAGGAGAUUGUGAACGACGAGCUAGCGAGCGCGCUGUCGCAGCUGCUGAAGGCGGCGUGGCGCGUGCAGUCCGAGCCGCUGUGGGUGCCGGCCUCGUGGGUGCAGUAAGCUUACAACCACCAACCCACCUAAACUGCAAACAAUUAUUUCUCAAACUCAACAUAAACCCGACUAAAUUUCAGACAAAUUAUAAAAAAAGUACACAGUAGUACAGUUCACCAACAGAAAUAUAUCAGUUCCAGAAUUAAUGGAAUCCCAUUCGAUACCAAGCUACGCUACAUGCAUACAUCCCUGUUAAUAUCCCGUUUCUUUUUUACUCGGGGUUCAAACCUGGGCAAUGGGGCACACUUUUUAAUUAAUGAAGCUAUAUAAAAUAUAAAAACAUUAGGACAAUUUAGCCCAACGGUAGGUAUAAUAUACACUUAUAUUUUUGUUAUUAUUACAUAUUAAAAGUAAGAUUAGUUGAAUUUCGUUGUAGCGACAAGCGGUUCCUCAAUAAGAUGAAAGCCUUAAUAUAUUUUUGCUUAAUAGAGUAUUUUGUCACGGACAGGGCUUCUCGGAAUAGAUUAAGGGUAUUUACUUAUUGUGAUUUUAUUAGUGAAUAUAUGUUAAUCGCAUAUCUCGGUGUUGUUUGCUGCGUCCGCCUCGUUGUGUUGCGUGUUUUACAGUCGGUGGACAGUCCACCAACUGGUCGCCAUCAUUUUAUAGACAUUUAUCAACUUUGUCUUAGUCGAGUAAAGAUUUUAUAGAUGCAUGCUGCCUGUUAAAUAUUAAAAUAUGUUAAUUAUGUACAACUUAAUAGCAAUAAAUAAUAUAAUCAGUUAAAUAAA